UUGACGCUUGACAGUCUUGACACCUAUCAAACGCAAUUUCUAAUUUCACACAAUUGAAUAUUCUGUGUGAUUCAUACCUUAGUAUCUAAACAGAGCCCCCAGACAUGAAUAGACUCUUCGGCAGAGGCAAGCCCAAAGAACCGGGCCCCAGUAUAACGGACUGCAUCGCCGGAGUGGAUCAGCGGGCCGAAGGCGUCGAGAAAAAAAUACAAGCCCUGGAAAAUGACCUCCGGAAAUUCAGAGACCAAAUGUCGAAAAUGCGCGAAGGCCCUGGUAAAAACGCGGUCAAAGCGAAAGCCAUGCGAAUCCUCAAACAGAAGAAAAUGUAUGAACAACAACUCGACAAUUUACGGGGGCAGUCAUUUAAUAUGGAGCAGGCGAAUUACGCUCAUCAGGCGCUGAAAGACACGCACACUACGGUCGUGGCGAUGAAGGAUGGAAUGAAGCAGAUGAAGAAGGAGUUUAAGAAGAUUAAUAUAGAUGAUAUUGAUGAUGUGCAGGAUGAGUUGGCUGACUUGAUGGAGCAAGCUGACGAGGUGCAGGAGGCACUAGGUAGGAAUUAUAACACUCCUGAGAUUGAUGAGGAUGAUCUGGCGGCUGAAUUGGACGCUUUGGGUGAUGAAAUAGCACUUGAUGAUGAUACAAGUUAUUUGGAUGAUGUGCUCAAGGCUCCAGAGGCACCGAACAACAAACCAGAGAAAGAAACAGAGAAGAAUAAGGAUGGAAUUCCUGUAGAUGAGUUCGGAUUGCCUCAAAUUCCCAGUCAUACUAACUAAAAGUGAUGCCUUCAAGCCACAUGUAAGCCUUUUGCUGUUGUAAAUAUGUAUUUUAAUGCAGUUAGAGUAUGGAUAGGAACAAUACAAUAAAUCUGGUGGCACUUUAAAAAAUUCUAAAUCACGAUAAAGUGGAACGCUGUUUUAUUGUCUUAAGUUUGUUAGUUAUUGAGAAAAUAUAAUGUUAAAUUUGCACGGAUUUUUAAGUAUUAUAGGAAACAAACGUGAUUUUUUCCUAAAAAUAAAACUGCGUUCUAGAUUAUAGAAAUAGACAAAUGUUCACAAGUUGAUUUUAUUUCAUUAUAAACGUGAUUACAUGUAUAUUUUUUUCAAUUGUGCUUUUAUAUUUUAUUAAUAAAGUAUUAACAUUUCA